AAAAAAAUCACUUCAUUUCCCAGCAUGCUCCUGCGCAGGGCAUGUCGGUGAUGUCACAAUAAGUAUAUAUACGGCUACAGGGAAGAAUUUCUUCCUCCAUUGUUACAUUGUAACAAACGGGGCCGGGGCGAAACGGUCAGUAAAGGCGUCUUCUCGUUAGUAGGCUACAUUUGCAACAUUUUGACACUAAUCGGAAAAAAGCCAAUCCGCGUUAAAGCGAGAAGACAGCGAAGUUAGCACCGUCUGAAACCGCCCCGGUGAGAAAAAGGAUACACCAACACAGAUGUCAGCGGAUUUCUCCAUCGCAGGCAUUUCAAGGCUUACACCAGGAAGAUAAGACAUUCGGCUGUUUACAUUAUUCAUGCUGCACCGAAAAUGUUUGGGAAUAAAUCGCAGCUAUUCAUAUGACGUCCCUCUUUCUGCAGGCUGUCCUUUAAAUAGAUAGGCAUGCAACAUUUAAACAAAACCCGCAGCUUCUGCUUUCUUCGUGAUCUUCCAGUGUGCAGAACAAUGAGCAUGGAGCCUAAGUAGCCUCAUAUAGUCAGAUAUAAGUGUUGCAAAUUGACAGUCACGCAAGCUUUCAGCCGGAUCACUUUGGGUUAACAUUGCUCCACGGUUGUACUCUGGAUACUCGGUUCAGAGAUACCGGUUCUGGCACAAAAAAAGCAUCUCAUAGGGCGUUAAAAGAUUGAUGUGCAGCUCAUAUUGGGAAAGGGAAACGACCUGCGAGUUGGUUGGAAUAAGGGUCCCUGUUUCUGCUCCAGAUUGAGUCAUAUCGAUCCCCCCUGCACUGUUUAUAGCAGAAUUAAGAGAAUAAAAGAGUGAGAAGCCACAGAGAUCAUUUUCUUCAAGGCUGUCUACAUUAAUCCGUGCUUGCCUAGUUGCCAUGGUGACGUUUCUCGACUUGAUGAUUUCAAAGUAGGAUUUCAUGUGAGAUGCGGGAAAGAGAGAGAGGAAACGAUGGAGCUGGAAUACAGAUGAAAGGAGACAGGAGCAAACAGCUGAUGUCGCCUUUUUGUUUCUGUGUCUGUGUUGAGAACUGGCCUGACACAGGAACAGUUUGAUACAAAUGAUCCAGUUGAGUUUCUGAGUGACAACAAGAACAUUUUCUCUUUAAGGUGUUCAAUUAGUAAACAAAUACUACACAGCGCCACACACAUUAUCCACUCUGCCUCUCAUUAAUGAAAGGGCUUUGGCAAAUUUCCACAAAGAAUCCACUUUUUCACAUCUUUUGGUUUGCAUUUACUGGUGCCGAGUGCGUUGUUCGUGGCUCGACGUGUGCUGCUCUGUGAUCCUCAGACACAGAGUUUCCAUGGAGGCAGGUUCGUCUCUCAGCCUCAAACGAAGAUAUGAAGAGGUGGACAACAGCUCUCCAUUCUCUACACCCAAGGACUCCGACGAUGACAUCUCCAGCAGUGACAGCGCUGACAGCUGUGACAGCCUCAACCCCCCCUCUAGCACUGCAUUUACCCGUAAGGAACAACAGGAGACACACGUUAAAGCCACCUCCAUCCUCCGACAGCACAAGCCUUCACCAGGGGGGAAACGGGUGCGUUUUGAUGUGGUGACGGUGUAUUACUUCCCUCGGCGGCAGGGAUUCACCAGCGUGCCCAGCCAAGGGGGCAGCUCCCUGGGCAUGGCACGUCACCACUCCUCCAUCAGACGCUACACGCUGGGCGAGUUCGCCCGUGAACAGGAAACGAGCCACCGGCACACUUUACGCCAGCACCUGCGCCAAGAAAAGCUCAAUGCCCGCAAGAUGAAGCUGACAAGGAACGGCACGGUGGAGUGCGCUCAGGCAGACCUGCUGACUCUGGAGGACGUAUCGGAUGAGGACCUCGACGUGGACGGGGUGGAGGUGGACGAUUGUUUUUUCCUUCAGCCGCUGCCCACAAAGCGUCGUCGAGCCCUCCUGCGAGCCUCUGGCAUCGCCCGCAUAGAUGCACGGGAGAAAGCUGAGCUCAGAGCCAUCCGCCUCUCGCGGGAGGAAUGUGGCUGCGACUGCCGCUUGUACUGCGACCCUCGCCACUGCGGCUGCAGCCAGGCUGGUAUUAAGUGCCAGGUGGAUCGAAUGUCUUUCCCAUGUGGUUGCUCUAGGGAUGGCUGCGGCAAUGGAGCGGGCCGCAUCGAGUUCAAUCCUCUACGUGUCAGAACUCACUACCUGCACACCAUCAUGAAGUUGGACCUGGAGAAGAGGAGGAUGCUGAUACAAGGGACUGGGGACCAGUAUGCUGAAUCUGACCAGUUGUCCUCCCCCUCCUCCACUUGCCCCACUUCUCCGGACCUAUCCUCAGUCGCUGGCCUGGACUCUGAGCUGGAGGAGAGCGAGGUGCAGACAGUGGUGGAGGUUCAGGAUCUCAUGGCAGAGCAGGACAUUCUGGAGCGAGAGAACGAGACAGCUGUGUUGCACCUGCAGAGCGCGGAGGAGCAGGAGAGGAGGGAGAGGGAGGAGGCAGAAGGGGAAGCAGUGCAGCAGGAGCUGGGCGCCGGAGGUCUCACACAGCAGCCUCUCUGCCUCAUGCCCGGUGCCUUGGGAGGGAAGCUGCCUGAGCAGGCAGAGGUGCCAGGUGUGGAGCAGGUCCUCCUGCAGGGGCCAUUCCCCACGGGGGCCACAGUGCUGUGCAUCACAGACAACCAGGAGGAAAGCCCCUCUGACCUCCUCAAAGACUCCACUUCUCUGCUCUACUAUCAGCUCAGUCCCAUAGAGCCUGGAGCCUUUGAGACCCUGCCCAGAGCGGGGGAGGCUGAACAGGAGGAGCGCUUGGUGAGAGAAGAUUCAGGAGGAGGCGAGUGUGUGGAGAGGAAACAAGAAGGAGAGGAGUCGAGGGAUGAUAAGCCUGAAGAGAUCACCCACAGGCAGAGUUUGGGCAAGUCUUUAACCAAUGUGAUUCUGUGCUCAGAGGAACGUGUGGAAGUAGCGAAGGAGAGGCCCUCGAGUACCCAGCAGAGCCUCCCAGAAGAGCACUGCCAACGAGCGUCCUGCUUGGAGGGAGAAGUAGAUCCACCACCUCCUGAAGUUUAGUUCUAGCUUCUCUGCAGAUAUUUUGCACAAUAGCUUCAUCUAAGAUGAAAAAAAAAAACACAUUUCACAUUUAUCACUGCUAUCAUCAAGAAUGAUUACAGGUUGCAAUCUCUUGUAGUGGCUGUCAUUGAAUUAUGUGGUGAAUGAGCUUGAGUAUUACAAUACAACGGGGGCACGCUGAAAGCACAUACAGAUCACUCCCCAGAAGUAAUAUGGAUGCAGUUACAAGGCAACAUUGUAUGUAAUUCUGUUGGGGGUGAUGAAUGCUGCCUUAAUGGAAAAACAUAAAAACACUUGUGUGUAGGAGUCAUUUGUCGAUGAGAGAGUACAGCAAGUAGUGCUUUGUUAAUUUCCAACGCAGCAAACAGAAAACACAAUGUGUGAAUGCUGACAUAAGCCUUUUGUUUUGUGAUGUAUUAAGCUAUCAACACUAAACAAAAAUUGUUUUGCAGUGUGCAAGAAGCUGGUGUGUUUAGAUACUUACUGGCUCACUUUCCAUUACAGCAAAUCUGUGCUGUAGUCAAGCCAAAUGAAGGCCUCUGAUAGUAUCCUCCGCUAAAAAAUAGACCUAAUAAUCCUGGAAAUACUUGUUUUUGUGUACUGUAUAUGCAUUUGCAAAGUGCAAGACGGAGCCGAGGUUGCUGCUUUUUUGAUCUGUAUGCACAUUGUGAACUGAGGGCAGCGAGUGCUGGGGCUCUGCUGUUAUGAAGGUAAACCAACACUGAGCAGCAGACUAGCACUGGCCUUAGUUGUUGCUCUUGCUCACCUUGGGCUGCUCGUGUAAAUGCAGUCAAUUUGUCAACAAAAACCUAGUUUACCUGUAGUUACAAUGCCUAUGAUAUUACUUAUUAUUUCUUUGAGUAAUGUGUCAUUUGUGGAUUAGAUACUGUUGGUUUGAAGUCCUCAGUCUUUGUUUUUUUUUUUGAGUGAAAGGAAAUGUUAUUUCAUUCAUACUGCUACACUGUAAUACCAUGUAGUCAGUCACGUCAUGUUGCAAUGAAUGCCAGAAUAGAUCUUCCCUGUCAUCUCCUCUUUUAAUGAGUUAUACUGUAAGGAAGAGAUGAUUCUGAAUCAAGUCAAAUUCCAUAUGAAGAAAGUAGCAUUUAAAGAGUCAAAGAAAAUAACAGCCUGUGCUGUUGAAAGUAGUUAUACAAAAUUAUGUGAUGUUACUAAUUUAUGAAACAGAUUGCCAACAACAUGAAUUUGUAUAUUUUAUGUUCAAUCUGUACAGUAUGUGUGUGUGUGUGUGUGUGCGCGCGCGCGUGUGCCUACUUUACCUUUGUGUGUCUUUGUGAGAGAGAAAGUUGUGUAUGCUUCUGUGUGUGCAUGUACAUGUGUAUGUUCUGUAUUAUUGGGGGGGGGGUAUAUUAGUGAGGAUUCAUAUUUUAUUCCUGAAAGGUGCUGAUGUUACAGAUUUACAAUUCACUGAUUUUUCUCCCAACCAUCAUGAGAAAUAUGAUUUCAAGGAGAUGUUUCUCGAUGACUGAUGUAAGACAUAAGAGUGUCGGAGACCCUCUCGUAGGAACGCAAUAGCUACUGCACUGCAAAUCAUUAAUAUGGCGAUUCUGGAAUGAGGUGUUUUGUCAUUGAGUAUGUAAAUGCAAUCCUAUAACAUUUCUGGUCUUUAAAUGUCUUUUUUAAGCUAUGUCUAAUUAAUAAUCUGCAUAAGUGUGCCGACUCUUCUUACACAAAAUCAGUCCUUUGUUUUGUUGCCUAAAAUUACAGCUGUUGCUUUUGGUAACACAGGAUGUGCUGCUGUGUAUGAGAUGUCUGAUGUAUUUCUUUGCCUUUUUUUUAAUUGUCUUAAUAUAAAUCUGCUUAAGAGUUGCACCAAAGCAGUGGUUUCAAACCUAACUAAAUGACACUUUCAUCCAUGAGAUUCUAACAAAGCAGUCUCCUGUAGUUAUUGUGAGGCUGUAGAUUUAUUGUGGCCCUUUGUGUUUGCGUGACUUGCCUGACAUAGCGCCAUCUUUGAAGUGAUGAUGAUUACAAGCUGCCUAUUGUUGAGCUUUUGUCUUUGGCUUUCUACUAAUAGACUUAGGUUUGGGACUACUGCAUCAAAUCAACUCCACUACACCAUGUGAUUGUGUGUUUCUCUCUUGUAUGAAAGGGGUGUGUGAUUGUUGAAAAGACUGAUAAGUUUAGACUUCAUCUAAAAGCUGUGAGAACUACUCUCAUGCUAACUGUUGCCUAAAGUGGACAAAAAGGUUUUUAUACAAAAAUAAAAACAAUAAAACACUCAUUUUAAAAAGGA